UUGGAGUGUUUUGAUCGAAAUAACGGUGACGAAACGAAGUGUCGAGAGGAGCGAAAGCGUUUCGAUAGAGACUGUCCUGCGUCUUGGGUCAGUCAUUUCACCUCUUUAAUGCGGGUGUCAUUUCGGAAGCUGAGAUCGAAUUUCUUUUAUAAUUAA